AGACAGGGUCGAGUUUCGAAGAGAACCACACCCCUUUCUUUCCCCAACACCCGAUCAUGGCCUGCCUUUCUGGGAUUGGUGGAAGACAUGAAACCACCGAAGAACGGACGGAAGAACGUGGUGGAUCAAAGGGGGCCUGUCUCCUACAUAUCAGGUUCCUAGUAGUGGUGAACGACAUCGGAGGGCGGACACGGAGAAUGCCGCCACGACCGUUACGACGUCAAACAUACCGACACUUGACAAUACGAAAGGAUCUUCGACAUGGGAUGGGGAUGGGAAUACGUAGUUAGUUGUUGAUAAUCGGACCCAGACCAGACCAGACCAGACCGGUAUAUAAAGGAAGGACAUAGAAGCUUCCAACAACGAUAUUGAACCACUCAAGCUCAUCAGCAUCUUGAAGAGUUCACCAACUUGCAUCAAAGAACUUACCAACCAACGAACCACCAACGAACCACCAACACCACCAACCAACACCAACCAUCACCAUGUCCCUCAACAUGAAAUCCCUCUCCCUCCUCGCCGUGGCCUCGCUCGCCUCCGCAGCCACAACCAACACAAACCUGCAAACCACCUUCCCCACUCCCUCCGGCACGACCGCCCUAGCAGCCGUCAAGACCGUAGCGGCCGGCGGCAGCUUCGACGGCGGCAUGCACCAAUGGGACCGAUGGCCGUCGACCUGCAACCAACAGUCCGAAGGCGGAGACAAGGACGCGGUGUUCAUCCUGGAAGACGGAGCGACGCUGAGCAACGUGGUGAUUGGCCCGAAUAACGGGGAGGGCGUGCAUUGUAUGGGGAAGUGCACUUUGAAUAAUGUUUGGUGGACCGACGUCUGCGAAGACGCCGCCACCUUCAAGCAAUCGUCGGGAACCUCCUACGUCAACGGCGGCGGCGCGCGCCACGCCGACGACAAGGUGUUCCAGCACAACGGAGGCGGGACCGUGGCCGUCAAGAACUUCUACGCCACCGACAUCGGCAAGCUGUACCGGUCGUGCGGCAACUGCAAGACGCAGCACACGCGUUCGUCGACUUUUACCAACGUCCGGGUCGAGGGCGCCAAGGUGGUGGCCGGCGUGAAUGCCAACUAUGGCGAUAAAACCACCAUCAAGGACUCGUGCAUCAAGGAUUCGAGUGUCUGCUGGAUUUACCAGGGCACGAGUGAUAAUAGCAAGGAGCCGACCAAGAUUGGGUCGGGACCUAGUGGUACUGCUUGUGUUGCUUCGGCGGUUAAGACUUCUGGUUGCUGA